CACAAGAGUGCAGGCUUUCACUGCCACAGUCCUUACAGCUGGUCUCUCUGCCUUUCCCUCCAGACAGCGCACUGAGCCUCUCGGAAAGAGGGAGAGACGUUGCUUAGAUGCUCGUGCAAGACGUUAAAUCGAGCGUACGCGUGAAACCGACAUGAGAUGCGUUGCAAAAUCUGUCUGGAUUCUGAGGAAAUGACCUGAGCUGUGAACAACAAGAUGAUGGAGAAUAUCGGGGCGAUUCGGCUUUACCUCAUGAAAUGCAUUUGUCUACGCUGGGCUUGGGUUUGUGUGGCUGCCUGUGGUGGUAAAGUGGAGUUACACACCGAGAGGAGAGGAGUGAUCUACAGCCCAUCAUGGCCCCUCAACUACCCGCCCGGAGUGAACUGCAGCUGGAAUAUACAGGGAAGCCGCGGAGAUGUGAUCACAAUCAGUUUUCACAGCUUUGAAGUGGAGGACAUGGGGGACUGCAGGGGCGACUGGCUGCUGCUCGGCCCCACAUGGAAAGCUGAGUAUCGGUUCUGUGGCUCUGUUCUUCCUCCUCCCUUCAUCUCCUCCAGAGGACAGGUCUGGGUCUACUUCCACUCUCAGGCUAACAGCUCUGGACAGGCACAAGGCUUCAGACUAUCUUACAUACGAGGUUGCCUGGGUCAGAGUAGUUGUGAGAACGAUGAAUAUUUAUGUGGAAAUGGUAAGUGCGUUCCACGUUCCUGGCGCUGUAACGGAUUGGACGAGUGUGGAGACAAUACAGACGAAAGGAGCUGUGCUGCCCAACCAACACCCAGCCGGGUCAGUCUGUGUCCGCCUGGUACCUUGCAGUGCUCUGAUAUCCAAUCUACCCGCUGUCUGCCAGUGUCUCUGCGCUGUAAUGGAGCCCGGGACUGUCCCGACGGAUCCGACGAGGCCCACUGUCCCGACACAUCCUGUGGAAAACGCUUAGUCAACUUCUACGGGACAUUUGCCUCACCUGAUUUUUUCCGUCCAAACAGGACCGCUGGCACAGAUCUUCACUGCACAUGGUUCCUAGACACACAAGACCCAAAGCCACUGGUGCUGCAGGUGGACCUACAGCUGGGUGUGGGAGACUCUGUCCGUGUUUAUGAUGGAUUGGGAGAGCGUGUGGAACAUCUUCUGCAGAGUCUCUCUCACCAUAAUAACCAUAGACGAGCCUUGCUGGAGUCGUCCCAGGGACAGAUGAGCGUCUUCUACCAUGCUAAACCACACAGCCCUGGACACGGAUUCAACGCCACCUACCAGGUUAAGGGGUACUGCUUUCCAGGUGAGCAUCCAUGUGGCACAGUCGAGGGCUGUUACUCGGAGCUGCAGCGUUGUGAUGGCUUCUGGCACUGCCCAGGGGGGCGAGAUGAGGAGGACUGCCCGCUGUGCCAGCCGGGAGAGUAUCCCUGCGAGGGUGGCAGCGGAGCGUGUUACUCGGCUUCUGAGAGGUGUAACAACCAGAAGAAGUGCCCCGAUGGCUCAGAUGAGAAAAACUGCUUUGAUUGCCAGCCUGGAAACUUCCACUGUGGAACCAACCUGUGCAUCUUUGAGACGUGGCGCUGUGAUGGGCAGGAGGACUGUCUCGACGGCAGUGAUGAAAGAGACUGUCUUGCAUCCGUGCCCAGGAAGGUGAUCACAGCAGCUCUGAUUGGCAGCUUGGUCUGUGGGUUGCUGCUGGUCAUUGCACUGGGUUGUGCCUUUAAACUCUACUCGCUCAGGACAAGAGAGUACAGAGCUUUUGAAACCCAGAUGACCCGACUAGAGGCGGAGUUUGUUCAGAGGGAGGCUCCACCCUCCUAUGGUCAGCUGAUAGCUCAAGGUCUCAUUCCUCCAGUGGAUGACUUCCCAGUGUACAACCCAACACAGGCUUCUGUUCUGCAGAAUCUCCGUUCAGCUAUGCGGAGGCAGAUUCGUCGUCACUGUUCUCGUCGUUCCUCGUCACGCCGGAGACUUGGUCGUCUGUGGAAUCGCCUGUUCCAUCGUGGCUCUCGGUUACGGGGUCAGAUACCUCUCCUCACGCCUCCAGGCCACACGCACACAAACCCCGAUCUGAGCCUCCACAGCUACAACACAACGGACGAUGGCAUUGAGGUGUCACGUGAGAGUGCGGGACAGACUCCGCCAUCCUGUUCGACGGUGGCGCUGGGACUGGCUCUGCAGGCUCACACUGAGGCCCUCUGCCUACCUGACAGACAGUCUCUGUCCUCUCCUCUCUCCCUGCCCUCCCCUACCUCACCCCGCUCCACCUCUGACACUCUGGAAGACGAAGAUGAUGAAGAUGACAGAGGAUCAGAGUGGAUGAGAAUGAAAUCCAAACAGGGCAUUUCCCCAAAACAUAAAGAUGAUGACAGUCCUCCUGGACCCCCCGAUAGCCCCAAACGCAGCACAAGCCGGUCGAGAUCCUCCAGACAGCUGGUGCAGGAACUGGCUGCAGAGCUCAGAGGAGUCUCUCUCCUGCGCUACACCUCUGUGGGCAUCUCACCGCUUUCCUCCCCCGAGUCACCGAUGUCCUCCAGCGGUCAGUCUGAGGAGCAAAGAAGCUUUCCUACAUUCAGAAAACCACAUAUGGACGCGCACACAGACUCGCUCACAGAUGCUCACGGACACGCCAGGAAAUCUUCAGAAACAGAAGAGGUUCCUGGUGACAGUGUCAGGCUUUGCAGACUCACAACUAGCGAGGAAGAGGAUGAUGAGAUUCUGUUAGUGCACUGAGAAGCCUUUAUCACCCUCCCUGUUCUGAUUUUUGUGCCAACAGAGUGAGCCUUACUAGGUUCAACCUAUGGCCUUCCAUCCAGAGUCAUAAAGUACAGUAUGUUUACAUGUGCAGUUAUGAUCGAGUUUUUUGCAUUGUCAAGCUACAGUCUUUAUAAGUAUACAUGACACAAUGCAUAUGCAAAUAUUAAAUACAUGUUGAGCACCACCUCUGUAACAACGGCAGGGCCAGUUGUAGUCUGAUUAACAUGUAUACAUGCUGGAUGAAAUCAAGCUAUAAUUACAUACGAGUCUGUUAGUGCAGUGGUUCCCAAACAUUUUCUGUCGGGCCCCCCUUUUGUAGAGAAUAAUAUUUUCAAGCCCCAAGCAAC